UUUUGCGAACCCGACUCCCUUUAAUCUGUUUUCUCCCUUUCUCUCACUAGUUCUCGAAGCCUUUGACACAUAGACCUGGCCUCUGGGAUAUAGGCCUCGUCCUUCUUAAACACUGUCAAUGCUCGCCCUCCUGCUUCGUUCCUUGGCGCCGAGCGAAAGGAAACUAUUUCUCCUCUUUGCUUUUUAGGUUUGAGAGCCCCCGUUAGAAUGGAAUAGAUACCUGGUAAAUUACUUUGUUACAUGCUGCUGCAGUCACCGGACAGAUUUUAGCCGCAGAUGCUGACGUCCCCACCCUACCCGGGGAGAGCCUUGUGAACCGAGAUGAUUAACAGCGGGUCCUGUUUCCCUCUGAUUUGGAAAGAGAGAGAGUCUUGUAAUUAUAAAUUGCAUUCUAGCUCUGAGGAGCUCAGCUAAGAAAUAUUCUCUUCAUUAAGAGUAACUGGAUUACUGCAGAAUGACUACAGAAGUAAUAUUACAUUAUCGACCAUAUGAGAGUGAAACCACACAACUGCCAAAAAUUGCAGAGAAAGCAAUUCAAGACUUUCCUACACGUCCACUAUCAAGAUUUAUUCCUUGGUUUCCGCAUGAUGGGUCCAGACUUCCACUCAAACCUAAAAGAUUACCACCCGUGAUUUCUAAAGAGGCAACUGAAGAUGUAAGACAGUACUUCACCAUUUCAGAACAUGAUAUUAAAUUGCAGAGUUAUGAUUGCACAGUAGAUCUACUGGAGUUUCAACCUAAUUUGAAAAAAAAGAAGCACUUAAUCCGAUCACACACACUGAAUGAACAGACUAAUUCUGGAAGUCUGGAUAAACAGUCAGAAAAAGGAAAACAGCACAAGAAGAGGUCUUGGAGUGUUUCACUUCCCAGCCGUAAUUGUACUGAAAAUAUUUUUCCUUUGUCUGAAAAAUUGCAAGAUAGUUUAAAGGCACUAAAUUUGCACUCAUUUUAUAGAGCAAGAUGGACAAUAGAGCACACUAUUUGUAACAACCAAACUCUGGAAGACAUUUGGGCAAAACUCAAUCGAAUUAUCAGGUGCAAUGAACUUCCAUCUUGUAAUGCUACAAUUCAGAGACAUUUAGGCCAGAUAUGGGUGUUCUGUGAUGUUAUGUACUGUGAAUAUGUGGGAAGUCUUCUUAAAGGAAGAUUAGCUCUUACUGGGAAGAUUAACUUAUUUGUGCAUAAACAUGGUGUUAUUUUUAGUAUGUAAUGAAUUCCACUAAUUGUCAAAAAGAAAAAUAUUCUGAAUGAACUGAGUAGGAACUGAAACAGAUGAAUAAAUUUUUAAUUGUGUGGUAAUAUAUGUACAGUUUGUAUCCCAGAAAUAAAUAUCAGGUGAAUUCCUAGGCUUGUCACUUAAGUCGGGAACUUUCUGUGUGCUACUUUGAGCAGCCUUCUUUUAAAUGAAUUGUGAUAAAUUAUUAUUUUUACUGAAUUUAAAGGUAAAAUGUUUUAUUCCUUUUGUUCUGUUACUUUUCCAAUGGUUGAAUUAGAUAUUCCUAUGAAUUACAGUGACUAGUUUGGAUUUUGGUAAAUCCCCCAAAUCUAAUUUUACAGUAUUUUUUCUUUACUCACCUAAAGUGUAAUGAUUUUUUUAAAAAUAAAACUAAAACCAGUUCUGUUGGGAAUGGUAUUCAAGUGCCAUGAAUGUGGUAUUCAAAUUGAGAGACCAGCCCAGAUUCUGCCGAUAUUUCCAAAGAUAUGUAAUAGACAAUAGUUGAUGUGUUGUUCUGAAACAAAAGUAUAAAAUGUAUAAUUUAUCUAAGACCAUAAUAUAUCUUUAAGGCAAUAAGCUCUUUUGAAGUAUCAAA